AUGCCAUCAAACUCCAAAGCGCAGGCUUUCAUAUUCCAAAUCAUAGAGCGAGGCAGGGCGCAAGAAGACGACAGCAGAAAAAGCACACAAUUUAAAUCAUUUAGUAGGAAGCAAGGAGGAGAAGGUUUCCACCGAGAAGUGCUAUCCCAGCUCAAGUUCGAAUCUGAAAUGAUAGCGAGCAGAUUCGAAAAAAAGAAAAAAGGCAUCGAUCUUAUCCGGUCUUCAACUAUGAAGUGGGUUUUGACGAAGCGAAGAAGAUACGCUGGAAUAACGUCCGUCAAACAGUCUACCCUCGUAGCAUAUGUUUCUGCUAUGGCCACUUUAAUUCGAGGUGGCCACGUUGCGAAGCUUGGAUGGCCCUGA